AUGAACGUGACACUUGGAAUUCCACGUUUGCAAGAAAUUGUGAUGGCUGCUGCACGUGAUAUCAAAACUCCGGAAGAUGCCAUUUGUCUUGCAGACAAAUUGAAGAAAAUCACUGUAGCUGACAUAAUUAAGAGUAUGAAAGUUUCUGUUGUACCAGUAACCGUUUUUGGUGGUCAGGUUUGCAGUAUAUAUAAACUUGUGAUGAAGCUAUAUAAACCUAAACAGUAUCCAAAAUACACUGAUAUUACCAUUGAAGACUGGGAGGACACUUUAAGAGUUGUCUUUGUGAGAGAGUUGGAGGAUGCCAUUGAAAAUCAUAUGACAUUGCUUUCUAAAAUUAGUGGCAUAAAAAAAUUCAAGACAGAUCCACAAUCUAAUUAUUCAAACAGCUCAGAAGAUGCUCAUGGCAAUGAAUCAGAAUCAGAAAGGAAAGGUCAAAAUAAUGAUAAUGAUGAUGAAGAUGGUGUUGUUGAAGACACUGAAGGGUAUGAAGAUCUUGGAUCAGAUGCACAAAAGAGGAAACGGCAAGGUACUGAUGAGGUUGAUUAUGAGGAUGGUCCUGAAGAUGAAACACAUGAUGGUGAUCUCUCAGAGGAAAUUGAAAAUGAUGAGGAUGGCAGUGAUGUGGAUGUUAAUGAGAAUGGUAUUAAUAUGACAAUUGAUGCUAAUAAUUCUGAAGGACUUGAAAAACCCUCCAAGUCCAAGUCCAUUGAUGAAAAGAAUAGUUUGAAACGAAACAAGAAAAAACUUGAAGCAAUAACAAAAAAAUAUGAUAGGGCAGUUUUUGUGAAAGCUAAAGGGAUGCAAUUCGAGAUCCACUUUAAAUUUACCGGUGAACCUGACAUUUUGUUAACUCAGAUCGCUCAGAGAACGGCCAAGAAGGUUUGCAUUCAAAAUUUUGGAAAGGUUGGUGAAUGUAAAGCUGUUACAUGUAAAGAAAGUGGAGUGAUCUACUAUGGUGAAGCUGGCCGAAAUAGGGAUGAUAUUCCAGCUUCUGUGAAAGAAACAAUACCGGCACUGCAGACAUCAGGGGUACAUUUUAAAACAUUCUGGGAGUUGCAUGAUGAUCUUGAUGUUAGGUACAUUUAUUCAAACAACGUGGAUGCUAUGCUAAGAACUUACGGGGUGGAAGCAGCCAGGGAGACCAUCAUCAGGGAAGUUCAAAAUGUUUUCAAAUCUUAUGGGAUAUCGGUAAAUAUCCGGCACUUGACACUCAUUGCUGACUUUAUGACGCACUCUGGUGGCUAUCGCCCAAUGAACAGAACCGGGAGCAUAGCAGACUGCACAUCCCCUUUCAUCAAAAUGUGCUUUGAGACAGCUUCCAAAUUUAUUGUUGAAGCAGCUUAUCAUGGGCAGGUGGACAACUUGGAGACACCAUCUUCCAGAAUUUGUCUUGGUUUGCCUGUGAAGAUGGGAACCGGAUGCCAUGACCUAAUUCAGAAGCUGGAGAUAUGA